UCUACUUGAACAAACUUCUUGCAGAUGGGCGCAACACCAGCAUAAUUAGACCCUCACACUUCAUAUCUUCACUCGGCAGUAUAACCAUAUCUAACAUCUCUUACUGCGCGCUCUUGCGCCUCCGCUGUCAACAUGACACUCCUCAUUCUCACCGAAACCUCUGCUGGUUACGCUCUGCUCAAGGCCAAAGACAAGAAACUGCUCAAGCGGGAUGAUCUGGUCGCCGAACUCACUGGUGUUGAGAAGGUCACUUCUCAACUCAAACUGAAAGAAUUCCAGAAAUUCGACAGUGCUGCCGCCGCGUUGGAAGAGGCUGCCGCCAUCGUGGAGGGCAAAAUCACACCCAAGCUUGCGUCUCUACUCGACUCCCUGAAAGACGAGAAGAAAUUGUCUUUGGCAGUUGCAGACCCAAAGCUAGGCAAUGCCAUUGGCAAACUCCCAGGCCUUGACAUCAAGGCUAUUGCCGACUCGACGACCGCCGACCUCUACCGCGCUGUUCGCGAACACCUCCCCUCCCUGAUUCCCGGCCUAUUACCCGAAGACGUCAAGACCAUGUCUCUAGGUCUCUCCCACUCACUCGCACGCCACAAACUCAAGUUUUCUCCCGACAAGAUCGAUGUCAUGAUUGUCCAAGCCAUUGGUCUUUUGGAUGAUCUGGACAAGGAGCUCAACACAUAUGCCAUGAGAGUCAAGGAAUGGUAUGGUUGGCAUUUCCCGGAAAUGGCCAAGAUCCUCAAUGACAACCUCGCAUAUGCCAAAGUGGUGCUCAAAAUGGGGAUGCGGACAAAUUGGGAACAAAGUGAUUUGGCAGAGAUCCUUCCUGAGGAGAUUGAGGCUGCGGUCAAGGCUGCAGCGGAUCGUUCAAUGGGAACGGAAAUCACAGAGGAAGAUCUCGAGAAUAUCCAGAGCCUGGCAGACCAGGUCGUCCAGUUCACCGAGUAUCGAACCCAACUAGCAAGCUAUCUGUCCGCCCGGAUGUCUGCCAUCGCGCCCAACUUGACAGCGCUUGUGGGUGAGCUGGUGGGAGCUCGGCUUAUUGCUCAUGCUGGUAGCUUGAUGAACCUCUCCAAGAGCCCCGCCAGUACCAUCCAAAUUCUCGGCGCGGAAAAGGCGCUUUUCCGAGCCCUCAAGACAAAACAUGAUACCCCAAAGUACGGUCUGUUGUACCACGCCUCACUGAUCGGACAGGCGACCGGCAAGAACAAGGGCAAGAUGGCCCGCAUCCUUGCCGCUAAAGCGGCCUUGGGUCUCAGAGUGGACGCUUUGCAUGACUGGGGCGCGGACGAGGCGAACAUUCCCGAAGACGAAAAAGCUGCUCUUGGCUUGGAAGCAAGAAACAAUCUGGAACGCAAACUUGCUGCAAUCGAAGGCAAGCCGUUGAAGCCUCGUGGUGUUGGGAUAGCACCAAAUGGAGUAGCCGCAACACCACAACCCAAGAAAUGGGAGAUCAAGGAGGCGCGGAAAUACAACCCUGAUGCAGACGGUCUAGCUGGAGACGAAGCGCCUGCCAAGAAGGAGAAGAAAUCCAAAAAGCAGCUGAUCGAAGAGGUCAAGGCGGACGAUGCCGAAGAAAGCGAUGCCGAGUCUGAGGAAGGAGAGUCACAGCCCGACGAACCAAUCGACUCAGAUGAAGCGGCGGCUAUUGUUCCCGCCAGCGUGAACGGCGUCAAUGGAACAUCUGACAAGUCGUCAUCAAAGAAAAAGUCCAAGGACUCGAAGAAAGCUAGCGGGGAGAAGCGAAGUGUAGAAGAGCUUGCCAAACUGGCUGGACUGAGCGUGGAGCGAUACAACCGUAAACUCGAGCGCGGGGAGAUUGAAUUCAGCAAAGAUGGCAUUCCGUCGUCCAUUUCCAAGAAGGAUAUCAAGAAGGCCAAGAAGGCUGCCGCAAAGGCUGCGUCGGCCCAGUCCAAUGGCGAGCAAGAUGGGACCAAGAAGCGGAAGAGAAGCGAGGAGGACGGGGAGACAGCAAAGGCAGACAAGAAGAAGAAGCGGAAAGAAAAGGCAUGAGCAUGAGACGAUGGAUCAGCCGUCUAUGUUGUCUAUGUUAAAUGCCAUGUUCUGGAGUUUCUGAAUGUAUCUGCAUGGCGUCGGCGGACGGAGUUACUGGGUGGUUCUCGGUCGAGGAGCAAAAUGUAUCAAUCCAAGUCUACCCACCAGGCGGGAGGGGUGGAGGUUGAGAUGGUCAGAUGGACGGUCGAUGAAGGCCGAACAAGUGUCACAUUGUAUUGAGACCUGCACAUGAAAAGGAUACAAAUCCUAGCUGAUGGAUAGUAAUUGAUGCCGUUGGCCUGAUUUGAGA